GUUUAAUUUAUGGUUAUUAUUUUGGGCGGUAUGUAAUUCAUAAGUUACGAACAGGGUUUGUUUUCAUUCGAAAACCUGGACGAUACAGUAUCUAGCAUUAACUCAUAUGGAAGAAGCGAGCAAUACUCAAUCGAAGAAUGAGUCACUAUGCAAAGUUUGUGGCGACAAAGCUUCCGGAAAACACUACGGCGUACCAAGUUGCGACGGCUGCAGAGGAUUCUUUAAAAGGAGCAUUCGAAGAAACCUUGAGUAUGUAUGCAAAGAGAACGGAAGAUGUGUCGUUGAUGUAACUCGAAGAAAUCAGUGUCAAGCUUGCAGAUUUAAGAAAUGUCUCCAAGUCAAUAUGAAACGAGAUGCUGUUCAACAUGAACGUGCUCCCCGAUCUAUUCAAACAGGCUUUCACCACCAUCAUCAUUACGGUUUAAAUUUUACCUCAAAACUUCGAGGGAUUCCCGGCAAAUCAGCAUUAGAACCUAAUUCACGUUUAGAACUUCCUACCAUUGGAGAAAGUACGACAAAAAGUAUUGUUCGAUCGACAGACGCGUCUUGUAUGUCGUCGUAUUCGAUAGAAAAUAUUUACGAAUCAGCAGCAAAGUUACUUUUCCUGGCACUAAAAUGGGCAAAGACAAUCCCAUCAUUUUUGCAGCUUUCGUGUAGAGAUCAAUCGAUAUUGUUAGAAGAAAGCUGGAACGAACUUUUUAUUCUUACCGCAGCCCAGUGGGACUUACCUAUAGACGAAAAUUUUUUAGUUAAUAACGUUUCAAGACAAACAGCCAGAAACGAAUUUCUAGAAGAAGACGCCCGCAAACUAAGCGACAUCAUAAACAGACUAAAUCUUCUCCAUGUAGAUCAUACUGAGCAUGCGUGUUUAAAAGCAUUAGUGCUUUUUAAAUCAGGUAAGUAA